UGUGCGCCACAGCAGACAGUAGUACAGCAGCGGCAGCAUCCACUCUGUGACCGGAGGACAACUACUGCUGUUGUUCACUCUCCCGCAAACUGAGCCUGUAGCCAACCGCUGGUGCAUCCUUGAAAUUGUUAUUUUUUAGGAAAGAGCACAUUUCUGCUUUAAAAAGUAACACAGUUUUCCGGUCGUGAAGUCGGUUGUGCCUUUUCCCUGAGACGCACAAAAGACGCACUCCCAAGUCCACCUGGAUAGCUGACAGAGCAGUCCGGUCUGGUUCGAGGUCCAGUGGGGAGAGACAGAGAGGAGAAGUUAGCCCGGAAGGCAAGAGGAAGAAACAGAGAAGCCAGGAUGAAUCAAAAGAGUCAUUUGAUUUUCACCCUCUACACUAUUUAUGGGAUUCUUCUGAAAGUGGUGGCUUCAAAAGGCAAACCUCGAGGCAUCAGCGGUCAGUACCCUCUGGUUCAGAAUAUGACGGUGACGGAGGGUGGGACGGUAACCAUGACCUGCCGUGUGGAGUAUAAUGACAACACCUCCCUCCAGUGGUCAAACCCUGCACAGCAGACCCUCUUCUUUGGAGACAAGAAAGCUUUAAGGGACAACAGGAUUGAGCUGAUGCAUGCGUCGUUGUCCGAGCUGACCAUCAGCAUGAGUGAUGUCACGCUGACGGAUGAAGGCAUGUACACCUGCUCCCUCUUCACCAUGCCUGUGAGAACGGCCAAAGCCUACCUGACUGUUCUCGGUGUCCCGGAGAAGCCAGAGAUCGACGGCCUGACGAAGCCCGCCUUGGAGGGAGACCAAAUCACUCUGACCUGCAUGACCCAGGGCAGCAAGCCCGCCGCCGACCUGCGCUGGUUCAGGAAUGAAAAGGAGGUCAAAGGUAAGCAACAUCUGAAUCUGAAUGUUCUUCUGCAUCACUGCUAUGGAUCCCCUCAGUCCCCCACCCAGUAA